CAGUGAAACUCGACAUAGGCGACGACGGUCCCCAUUCGACGAACGGUUUGAAAAUCGGUCAGUGCGACUGUUGAUCGCGAAGUGUAUAUUCCAGAGUGGCGGGCGUGACAUAACACGUGGGAUGCUUUCGGAAAUUCGGGACUUAAUCGUGGAGAAAGGGUGCCGCCAGUCUUUCAGUUAGCCGCUAUUUCUCUACUACUCGCACAGCCCGCUUGAUACGUCUUGUGAUAUUUGGCUGAAAUCUUCAGUGAUGACUGAGAGCAGUGAUGAGUUGGUCGGCAAUAUGAUUCCAUCUGCAGCCGCCGAAAGGAAUCCUGGGACCACCACCAACCAUCGAAUUUUAACCAAGAGUAACGAAUCUAAAAUGGAUGCUGCCAAUAACCAGCCAGAAACAGAGGAAUUCGUGCCGAGGAUACGAUGGCCCGACACCAUAGCGCAACUUUUUCUUCACUUGGGGUGCCUGUAUGGGUUUAUCUUGUGUUUGGUGUCGGCAAAGUUUUACACGACUGUAUUUGCAUUCCUAUCAAUAUAUAUCACGGGUUUUGGAAUAACAGCAGGAGCGCACAGGCUGUGGUCACAUAGGGCUUAUAAGGCAAAAUGGCCGCUUAGAUUACUUUUAAUUACAUUAUUUACGAUCACGGGACAGAGACACGUCUACGUCUGGGCGCUGGACCACAGGGUUCACCACAAGUACAGCGAGACGGAUGCUGACCCCCACAAUGCCAAAAGAGGCUUUUUCUUCUCCCACGUAGGAUGGUUGAUUCUCACUCCCCAUCCGUCUGUCGUAGAGAAGAGAAAGGCAGUGGACAUGAGCGAUCUGGAGGCAGAUCCCAUCGUUAUGUGGCAGAAAAAGAUCUAUCCUCUAUUAUUCUUAAUUUUUAACAUCUUUCUACCGGUGGCCAUCCCAGUCUACUAUUGGAACGAAACCUUAUGGAACUCCUUUUGGAUCAAUUUCAACAUGAGGUUCACCGUGACUCUCAACAUCGCGUUUUUCGUCAACAGCGUGGCGCAUAUGUGGGGCCAGAAACCUUACGACAAGAAUAUUAGUCCGGUGGAGAACCUGGCUGUGUCCCUUGCUACCCUUGGCGAAGGCUGGCACAACUACCACCACGUGUUCCCUUGGGACUACAAAACUGGGGAGCUGGGAAACGUCUACAAUCCUUCCACCACCUUCAUCAACUUCUUCGCUAAGCUGGGUUGGGCUUACGACCUAAAAAGUGUUUCUAAAUCCAUGAUAGCCAGGAGGGCCAAAAAGUGUGGCGACGGUAGUCAUCCCCAGAUUUGGGGAUACGGCGACAGCGACAUCGAGAAGGAGGAUCUGGAGGAACUGGAUAAAAUGGCGGAAGAGAAGACGCUGUUGAAUAAAGAGGAAUAAAGAACGCCACAGUAUUAAAAUAUGUUUUAGCAGCACCGAAAAAUAUUUUAAGUGAUAAGUUUGUUACGUUUCAAAUAGUUUCUGUUGGACUUUCAGUAAGAGGUAUUGUUUUAGUGUAAGUGUAAGAGGAUGAUGAAAUUCAAUGUGUUCUUCUUAGGUUUGUAAGGUUGUAAUUGAUAAUUAUUAUAUUUUCUGAACCUUCGGUAAUGUAGAGCAAAAAUCUGGCAAAGGUAAAUUAUGUGAUUAUAUAAUGAACAGGAAUAUACCUAUAAUAUGAAAAGUAUUCUAGAUAUUUUCAAAAGUCAGUAAACGUACAAAAUGUCGUCUCUGCUAGGCUGUUGGAGUUGCCAUGGUUAAUAUUCUGUAUUUGCACAUUUAUUUUUCAUCAUGAGAUCUGACCUUUACAAAAAUAACUUAUUAAACAGGCUAUUGGAAAUUUUCAAAUUCCUGAUCUUGUUCUCACUUUGGAGCUUAAACGUCUGUGUUCAUAUUCAAAGGGCAUUAAAAUAUAAUUUCUCAUUCCAAAUAUUAAAUAUAGUGUUUUGUUCUAAGCUAAGUGUUAAUAAUUAAUAUGAUCUUUAGCGAAAAGGAUUUGAUUAUUUAUAUUUAUUCUCAAAUAUAUGAUUUGUAUCAGUCGGUGCAAGAAAUUAUUUAUGCUAAUAAAGGAAGUUUUAUUGCGAGCGUCUCUUAAAAUGAAAUUUGUGGAUAACUGAUGAAUUACAAUGUUUGAAAAUGUGUCAGUCAUAUUUGUCUCUAUUCAGGACCCCACUAUUUAAGCUUUGAAAAAAUAUUUUCUUUUGAAGAAAUUUACUGUUGUUCUCUUUUAAAAGAAUAUCUCUAGCCUUUAUAUUUCGUCUAAAUACAGAUUAAAAAUACUCUACCUCCACAAUUGUCAUGUAUCACAAAUUUGAUGGGAGACAAAAGUUGCGUGCUUACAAUGUGCUUUACUGUGCGGCCUUUUCUAAUAUUAGGUAUACAUUACACUAGGUAUCGUGUCUAUUUGAGAGUUCUAAAUUUUCACGUGUGUAAAGCUUAAAAUAUACUUCAAACAAAUAUAUUCUGGCUUAAAUAUAUACAUUCGAUUGGACUGGAAGUUAUGGUUGCAGCCGUUUGACUUGAUGUUUGGGUUGCAAUUGAUCGGAAUAAAUUAUGUUUAUUAAACCUUGCUAUGGUAAUGAUGGAUCAGUGUUUCGAAAGUGGUCUAUAGUUUUCUGUCGCCAUUGUAAUACCGCACAUUCACUAUAUUUUCUGUCUUCGAGGCUUUUAAAUCAUGAAUAUAGCAUAUAAUAAAUCAUAUUUUAAGUUUUCAUCUGCUGUAUACUUACGGUUAAGAAUAUAACAA